AGCAAUAAAAGGGGGAAGCGACGCCGCGUGAGGACGCAGCACGCCUGACUCAUCUUUUGCCCCACUCUAGCCGCUGUGUCUGCUGUCGGGACGUGUCCGGCAGCUGUAUAAUCGAUAACGAGCGCGCCGUGAGCAGUGGCGCGAUUGUCUCGAGCGCAUCACGAGCAGCGAACACGACACGGCAAGUAUAACAGGUCCUUGGCGGGAGCGAGCAGCGGCAACACCAAAACAAAUCAAUCAACACGAUGAGCGCCAAAUACGACGACACGGCACCAAUACCCAACGACCUGCCGCCCACCGCCCCGGCGCUGGGCGACGUCGAGAACCAGGCUGGCUCGGGGACGGCGACGCCGACCGACGGCGCGCGGAGGAAGAAGGGCGGCGGGUUGACCGAGGGCGAUGCGGACGUCGCGGCCAUCCCGGACAACAACCUCUGGAUCGUCAUGCCGAGUAUCGGCCUCGUGCUCUUCCUCUCUGCGCUCGACCAGACAAUCAUCGCUACCGCCUUGCCGACCAUUGCGGAAAAGUUCCAUGCCACGCCGAGCCAGUACAGUUGGGUUGCAACUGCGUACCAGCUCGCCAUGACGCUCCUGACCCCCGUCAACGGGCGCGUGUCCGACAUUGUGGGCCGCAAGCCGAUGCUGUACAUCGCGAUCAUCGUUUUCACCGUCUUUUCGGCCCUCUGUGGCGCCGCGCAGAACAUUACCUGGCUGAUUGUCGCGCGCGCGUUCCAGGGCCUCGGUGGAGGGAGCAUCAUCGGCCUGACCACCAUGGUCGUCUCCGACAUCGUGCCCCUCCAGCAGCGCGGCACGUACCAGGGCUACAUGGGCGCGAGCUGGGGCAUCGCCGCGGUUCUGGGGCCUAUCCUCGGCGGCGCGCUCACGCAGAAGGCUAGCUGGCGCUGGUGCUUCUUCAUCAACCUCCCAACCUGCGGCGUCGCCCUCAUCCUCCUCGUCUUCACGCUCAAGCUCAACCCGCCCAAGGGCAUCACGUUCGCGGAGCUGCGGCGCACAUUCGACUUCACAGGCCUGGUGCUCGUCAUGGCGGGCGGCGCGCUGCUCAUCACGGGCUUCUCGUGGGCCGCAGACCACGGGUUCCACACGGCGGCCGCGAUCGCCAUGAUUGCCGUCGGCGGCUUCCUGCUGGUGCUCACCGUCGUCAACAGCCUGUACACCUCCCGCAACGCCGUCAUCCCCGCGCGCAUGUUCAAGACGCGCACGACGCUCUUCUUCACCAUCGCCAGCACGCUGCACGCGCUCGCGUUCAUCCCGUCCAACAUCUUGCUCCCGCAGUUCUUCCAGGGCGUGCGCGGCGCCGACGCCCUCCAGUCGGGUAUCCAGCUCCUGCCGUACGCCAUCUUCGUGUCGUGGUCGACUGUCGUGGCCGGCCAGAUCCAGUCACGCCUGCGUAUCGUCCGCCCUGUUGUUUGGGUGGGCUACGCCGUCGCUGUGCUGUCCUUCGGCAUCAUGUACGGCUUCUUCGACUCGACCAUGCCCCUUAGUCGGCAGUAUGGCCUGCUCGUCCUCCCCGCCGUCGGCAUCGGACUGUCGCUGUCGUCUCCGCUGCUCAUCAUGCAGGCGGCGAUGCCGCUCAAGGAGAUGGCGGCGGUGACGUCUGCGUGGACGCUCACCCGCUCGCUCGGCGGCUCGAUCGGCAUCGCAGUCUUCACGGCCAUCCUCAACACCAACCUCAGGUCCAAGUUCACCAAGGUGCCAGGCUACGGCACUGAGUUCGAGGUGCCGACCAGCGCGCAGGGCUACAUCGCGCUGCACGAGCUGCCCGAGGGCCCGACAAAGGACGCAGUGCUCAAGGCCUUCUCCGACUCGUUCCGCCCCGUGUGGCUCCUGUCGAUCAUCAUCUUCGCCAUCUGCCUCGUCAUCACGAUCCCCACGAAAUCCUACAGCCUCAACCGCGGUCCCCAGGCGGCCAAGACGCCCGGCGACGCCUCGCCUGUACCUGAGAAGAGCGAGGGCGGCGAGGGCGACGCAUUGCCCGAGGAGGCGCAGCGUGCGCAGGGGCAGGACGAGGCGACCGAGUCGAGCGUCGCAACCCUCAACUCGACACCGAGCAGGGACGACGCAAAGGUCGACGCAAAGGCCGACGUAAAGGUCUAGACGCUCGCUGCUGCACGACGCAGCAGACGCAUCAGCAUUGGGGUUCAUCAGCCAUAGUCACAUCUGUUAGCAUCCGUUUCAACAUCCCAUGCAUCAUAAUACAGCAUAUCUGAGUUUUGGGCUCUGCGCUCACUGCGCUCUGCG